GUAUGUGUGGAGAUAGAGAGUGUGUCUGCUGGCGUGAGCAGGCGGAGUGUGGUAACUGUGCUGAGAACAAUGCUGCUAAAACCAAACCCGAGCUGGUCUCUGCUUUGCUGCCUUUAUUCCCUUCUCCUCCUCGUGUUUGCUGGGUGUACAGCACUGCAGCAAUUUGCUCUUCAAGAGGACAUCCCUGAAAUACAUUGUUUCUGACAAGGAGCAAGAAUCUAUUAAACGUUCGGCUUAUGUUUUUUGUAGAAGUUGACAUGAUCAUUAGGAGAUGUAAGGUUGUUUUCUGAACAGGCUGGGGUGCAGGAGCAGCAGGAUGGCUGGCACGCUUACCGGUGCGGAGACUUCCUCUGGGUACAGCUGCCUGAAGUUUUAGGAGUUGAGAGCUUUCCCCAGCUCUUCGCUGAUUUAAUUAGUUUUUUUUUUUCCUGUCAAGAAAUCUGAAGGUCAACACAUGCUUAGUAGAAUCUGUCAUUUAUGAUAAACACCCAGAGAUGUUUAAAACCUGGUGUUGCACACUUUAAGAAUUUGUUGUGUUUCAUUUCUAUGCCAGUCAGGAAAACAAACAACUUUAUUUUAAAAGCUUGUAAAUAGAGAGGUGGCUGAUUCUUGCAAGUCUCUGAAGUCUCUGUGGAAACUGUGGGUCCUGUCUCAGGGCAGAUUCCUGCAUUUGAGAUAAUUAAUGAGCAGUGUGGAAAUAGAGCCUGUUUAUUAGGAGGCUCUCAGAGCCCAACAAGGUAUUAGCAACUGAGCUCUGUGUGUAUGAGCCUUUUCUUAGACUUUUCCCUGUGUGAGCUGUGACAGUAGCACGUUCCCAGAAUCGUCUUGUUUGGGCUCUUACCUGUGUCGUGCAGGUGAAAAACCAGCGUCAGCAGCACUGUUGGUGUUAGUACCUUGAUGUUCUUGGGAAUGCUGGCAAAAAACUUGAAAGAAAGUAUUUAGUGCGAGGCUUUUCAGUUCUGUUCAUCUCUUGUCCCGCUGUUUUGGUAGGGAAGCUGGAGGAGGUGUGCUGAGGAAAUGGUGGGAUGCUUUAUCAAGGCAUUAAAAAUCUUUCUAAGCAUGUUGGCUCAUUGUUCAGUUUCGCUAUUAUUUGUUUUGCUUUUGAAUUUCCUUGGUUAAAAGAUGUAGGAAGCAAUAGCAGAUUAGAGGACUGCAAUUUUUUUUUUCAUCGCUGCAAGAGCUUUGAUUGUGCUUUCCUAGAGCUUCGAUGAGAACCAGUUGUAUCCAAUGCAUGUGAAUAUUCUGGCUUACGUUGAAAGUGUUAUCUCAGCAGUUUGGUUUGGAAGGGACAGGUUCCAUUUCAGUUUGUUGGGUUUUACACUUACUAUGGGAAUUCAUUUGGGGGAAAAAUCGCUGCAUAAUAUUGAAAAGCUCACUGAGAUAAGGACAUCUUGUAUCCUGUUACUUAAAGGGCACUGAAUAUUCAUAGUACUAAAUAGAAUUUCUAAACAGAUGGUCAUAAUUAACAUAAAAUACAUCACCGAUAGUCUGUUUGGUGUUCUAGUAAUUAUUUCAAUGGUCUGAUACUUCAGCAUUAAUUAAACUGUAGCACAGCCAACAAUGGAAUUGCAGUAAAGAGUUACCGAAUUCGACGCGGAGGGGAGAUCUCAGCCGCCUCAAAACAAUUGCCGUUUUCCCCCAUCAUCAGAGGAAAAAAAAAUAAAUAGAAUGUGAAACAUGUAAUUAAAACAUUUGUGUAUGUGCAUUUCUCCCGAGCUGUGAGGAGAAGCCUGUUCCAGCCUUGAAGUGAACCAACUGGUCCCUGGGUUGGACAGAAAGUCACCGCGGUGGCACGUUGCGGCGGAGGGUGGGGCGAGAGGAACCGCGGGUUUAAUUCUUUCUCAGGAAAGCUUGAGCGUAAACAGUUUUGAUGAACUUCUUAGGCCUGUUGUCUUUUUCAAGAACAUGCAUUUAUAUAAGACGGGAUGUCUUUCCCAACAAUUUCUGUAAAUCUGUGUUUUCUUUGGAAUACAUUUAUGUAACCGAUUCGCAUGGUGCUACUGCAGAGUGAGGUGUUUCAAGAGAAAAGGCUUAGUAGCAAACAGGUUGAAGUUAUUGCUUGCCUUGUCAUAAGUUUUGUUGUAAAUACUUGGAUUUUCAACACAUUGGAGAUUUUCGUGCUUUCUCUUGUGAGUUCCUAGAAGUGAGUUGCCUUGUUGUGUAAGGUAGAGAUGGGAAAAGCAAACUUGGCUACAGCAAUCUCUGCCCCGGUCGGCUCUUGGGAGAAAAGAAGGGAGUAACAUAUGAGAAUCAUAAUACUAAAAACUAAUCUCUCUUGUAGUGUUUUCUUCUGAAUCUUAACUUUUGUUAAUUGAUUUGUUAAUGGAUUUGUCUUUUACAGAAAGAGGAAAUGUGUCUCUUUUUUUUUUUUUUAAAAAAAAAAAAAAGGCAAAGCUGUGUUUAGUUCCGUGUCUGAACAUGAUCUGUAGAAGGAAGGCAUUGUUCUACUUCACUUCAAAUGGAAAUAACAUUUUAACUUCCCUGGGCCAAAAAAAAAAAUAAAUAAAAGUUUCUGUGUCUCCUUCCCACCCCAGGCCCAUUCUACAACCAGGGAGUGCUUUCAGGGUUUUGAAAAUUUGAGGUUAGAUGAGAUGUUGUGAGAGAUGGUUACUGUGAUUCAUGCCUUUAUGCUUUCUGUGCCAAUAAAUGUCUUCCUCUUCCUACGCUAAAGGUGUAUUUAAUCCUGUGAGAAGAACUUUAAUGCCAUUUAUUGUGAAUAGGUUCAACUUAUGGUAGACUGCAUUAAUUCAGUUCAUGAGCCUUUUUGGUACAAUUAAUAAACUAACACAAAGUUGGGGUUUUUGACUACUUCAACAUAAGGAUUUGGUUUUAUUCUGUAAAAUAUUGAAAUGGUGGUUUGUUGUUUUUUUUUCUUUAAUUAAAAAUCAUUCUAAAUUACCAGAAAACAUGUUUUAAAUACUCUGUUAUUCACUUACAGCUGCCAAAACAUAGUACAGUGAAAUAAUGGUCUGCUAGCCUGCUAAACAAGUGUCCGGCUUCCACAAUGCCUGUGCAGGCAGCUCAGUGGACAGAAUUUCUGUCCUGCCCAAUCUGCUACAACGAGUUUGAUGAGAAUGUGCACAAACCCAUCAGCUUAGGUUGCUCUCACACUGUCUGUAAGACCUGCCUGAACAAGCUUCAUCGCAAGGCAUGUCCUUUCGACCAGACUGCCAUCAAUACAGACAUCGAUGUGCUUCCUGUAAACUUUGCACUCCUCCAGUUAGUUGGAGCCCAGGUACCUGAUCAUCAGACAGUAAAGUUGAGUAAUGUAGGGGAGAACAAACAUUAUGAAGUAGCAAAGAAAUGUGUUGAGGAUUUGGCACUCUACUUAAAGCCAUUAAGUGGAGGAAAAGGUGUUGCAAGCUUGAAUCAGAGUGCACUGAGCCGUCCGAUGCAAAGGAAGCUUGUGACCCUGGUGAACUGUCAGCUGGUGGAGGAAGAGGGUCGGGUUAGAGCGAUGAGGGCAGCUCGAUCUCUGGGAGAGAGAACUGUGACAGAACUGAUCCUGCAGCACCAGAAUCCUCAGCAGCUUUCUGCCAAUCUUUGGGCUGCUGUCAGGGCACGAGGAUGCCAGUUUCUAGGACCAGCUAUGCAAGAGGAGGCACUGAAACUCGUAUUACUGGCACUGGAAGACGGCUCUGCACUCUCAAGAAAAGUUCUGGUACUUUUUGUUGUGCAAAGGCUAGAACCAAGAUUUCCUCAGGCCUCUAAAACGAGCAUUGGUCACGUUGUGCAGCUACUGUAUAGAGCAUCAUGCUUUAAGGUCACUAAAAGGGAUGAAGAUUCUUCUCUGAUGCAACUUAAAGAGGAGUUUCGGAGUUACGAGGCUUUGCGGAGAGAACAUGAUGCCCAAAUUGUUCACAUUGCCAUGGAAGCAGGACUUCGAAUAUCACCAGAGCAAUGGUCUUCCCUUCUUUAUGGUGACUUGGCCCAUAAAUCACACAUGCAAUCCAUUAUUGACAAGCUCCAAUCUCCCGAAUCUUUUGCCAAGAGCGUACAAGAGUUGACAAUUGUCUUGCAGCGCACGGGGGAUCCUGCAAACUUAAACAGGCUGAGGCCUCACUUGGAGCUUCUGGCAAACAUAGAUCCAAAUCCAGAUGCAGCAUCUCCAACAUGGGAGCAGCUGGAAAAUGCAAUGGUCGCUGUAAAGACUGUGGUACACGGGCUGGUGGAUUUCAUUCAGAACUACAGUAGAAAAGGCCAUGAAACUCCACAGCCACAACCAAAUAGCAAAUACAAAACAAGUAUGUGCCGAGACCUUCGACAGCAAGGGGGAUGUCCAAGAGGAACAAACUGUACAUUUGCUCAUUCUCAGGAAGAGCUUGAAAAAUAUCGCUUGAGGAACAAAAAAAUCAGUGCAACAGUGAGAACAUUCCCCCUUCUAAAUAAAGUUGGCGUAAAUAGCACCGUCUCAACCACAACAGGAAACGUCAUUUCUGUCAUAGGAAGCCCCGAAGCGACCGGGAAGAUGGUGCCAAGUACUAAUGGAAUAGCUAAUCUGGAAAGUGGUGUUCCCCAGCUGAUCCCUCGCUGUGCUGACACCUCCUUGAGAGCGUUGGACAACACCAAGAAGGGUGGGAAGACUGGAGCCAAUGGCCAGAAUGUUUCUGGAUCCCCUACAGAAUCACUACCUGAAAAUAAAAUUGGUUCUCCACCCAAGACUCCUGUAAGCCAGGCAGCAGCUACCUCAGCUGGUCCUCCUAAUAUUGGAACAGAAGUUAAUUCUGUGCCUCCAAAAUCCAGCCCAUUUGUUCCCAGAGUACCCGUCUACCCUCCACAUUCUGAUAAUGUUCAGUAUUUCCAAGACCCCAGGACUCAGCUGUCAUAUGAAGUUCCACAGUACCCACAGACAGGAUAUUAUCCACCACCUCCAACAGUACCAGCUGGUGUGGCUCCCUGUGUUCCUCGCUUUGUGAGGUCCAAUAACGUUCCAGAGUCCUCCCUCCCACCUGCUUCCGUGCCAUAUGCCGAUCAUUACAGUACAUUUCCCCCUCGAGAUCGACUGAAUUCUCCUUACCAACCUCCUCCUCCGCAGCCGUAUGGACCAGUUCCUCCUGUCCCUUCUGGAAUGUAUGCUCCAGUUUAUGACAGCAGGCGCAUCUGGCGCCCACAGAUGUACCCACGAGAUGAUAUUAUUAGGAGCAAUUCUUUACCUCCCAUGGAUGUGAUGCACUCAUCUGUCUAUCAGACAUCGUUACGUGAGAGAUACAACUCUUUGGAUGGCUACUACUCUGUGGCUUGUCAACCUCCAAACGAACAGAGGACUGUGCCUUUACCGAGGGAGCCUUGCGGUCAUUUGAAGACUGGUUAUGAGGAGCAGUUAAGACGGAAGCCGGAGCAAUGGGCACAGUAUCACACACAGAAAACUCCUCUGGUAUCGUCAACGCUUCCAAUGGCAACACCGUCUCCAACACCACCUUCUCCUCUCUUCAGCGUAGAUUUCAGCACAGAGUUCUCGGAGAGUGUCAGUGAUCUGAGUGGAACUAAAUUUGAGGAAGACCAUCUCUCUCACUAUUCACCGUGGUCUUGUGGCACUAUUGGCUCUUGUAUAAACGCUAUCGACUCGGAGCCCAAGGAUGUGAUUGCCAAUUCAAACGCCGUGUUAAUGGAUUUGGACAGCGGAGAUGUUAAAAGGAGAGUGCAUUUAUUUGAAACCCAGAGAAGGGCAAAGGAAGAAGAUCCCAUAAUCCCGUUCAGCGACGGACCGAUUAUCUCCAAGUGGGGUGCGAUCUCCAGGUCAUCCCGCACGGGGUAUCACACGACAGACCCCAUUCAGGCCACUGCUUCCCAAGGAAGUGCUACGAAGCCCAUCAGUGUAUCAGAUUAUGUCCCUUAUGUCAAUGCUGUUGACUCAAGAUGGAGUGCCUAUGGCUCGGAUUCUACUUCAUCAGCACGUUAUGCAGAACGGGACAGGUUCAUAGUUACAGAUUUGUCUGGUCACAGAAAGCAUUCCAGCACUGGAGAUCUACUGAGUAUUGAGUUACAGCAGGCCAAAAGUAACUCGUUAUUACUUCAGAGAGAGGCAAAUGCACUAGCCAUGCAACAGAAGUGGAAUUCUCUAGAUGAAGGCAGUCGUCUUACCUUAAAUCUUUUAAGCAAGGAAAUUGAUUUGAGGAAUGGUGAGACUGAUUACACUGAAGACUGUGCAGACACAAAGCCAGACCGAGACAUUGAAUUGGAGCUGUCAGCCCUUGACACAGAUGAACCUGAUGGGCAAGGUGAACAAAUAGAAGAGAUUCUGGAUAUACAGCUAGGGAUUAGUUCUCAAGAUGAUCAGCUGCUCAAUGGAACAACUGUAGAGAACGGGCACCCACUAAAGCAGCACCAGAAAGAAUCUCUGGAACAGAAGAGACAAAGUUUAGGUGAAGACCUUGUGAUUCUGGAGGAGCAGAAAACAAUCCUGCCCGUAACUUCUUGCUUCAGUCAGCCGAUCCCAACAUCUGUUAGCAAUGCAAGCUGCCUGCCCCUCCGCACAGCAGGCAGUGCUGGCAGCCGCAGUUUGAAAACUGCUCACAUUAUGUCUGAGGAUAAAAAUGACUUUUUAAAGCCUGUUGCAAAUGGCAGGAUGGUUAACAGCUGAAAGGCAUUCAUCUUUCCAGCUUGUGACCACACCAUGGAAGCAUUUACACUAGCUUUUUAUAUAUAUAAUAUAUAUUAUAUAAUGUAUAUUUUUUUUAAAAAAAAUAAUAUUGGGGUCAUGCAUUUCCUGUGGACUCUUUGAUACUUCAAGCCCCUCUCGCAUUAGCAUUCUGAAGAAAAAAAAAAAAACUUACUUUACUAGGGUAAGGCGUUCACUUUCCACAAAUGAAUGGAAUUUGGACAUUGUUUUACUUAAGCUUAAAGCAGCUUUUUAUGAGUUUGUAGCAAUCCGGUGCGGUAUCUGAGCCAUUCUUGUUUAAAAUGGCUUCUGUAGAAAACUAACAACUCAGUUAUUUAAACUAGCAGGAUCCUACGAUGAUACAUCUAGUGAAAGGAAGACUAACUUAUUUGUCUCUAUUUUGUUUCAUGAGAGAAGAACUUGUGUCUUGUUGCAGCUGCUUUUCCUUUAGUUGUGGAACUUUGCAUGGAGUAUUGUUUCCUGUUUGAAGACUGAGAGGUGGAGAUUUGGACUUGAGACUUUUACAGGGUUAACACACCAUUAGCUUUGCACUGCUGCGUUAUUUGCAGGUCUGUGGUGCAGUGCUUUGCUGCAGCUUUUUGUUUCUGGUUUCUUCCCCCUGCCAAUUUCUGCUUUAGUGCUGUAGAUACAGACACACACACAGGCUACUUGUCCAAGUAAAGUUACCAGAAGUAAACCAAGUGCCUAAGUCCUCCAGCGAACGUACUAGGUAUUGAUUUCCCCUAGUUAUACAUGAAACAAUUUUCAACCAUUUUUGAGAGGUUAUGCACUAAUGUAACAGCAAUUUUGGGGUUUGGGUUUGGUUUUUUUCUUUCCUUUUUUUUUUUUAUUAAUAGUUCUCAACUUGGAGUUUAUAGAAUCCAGAUGACUUGGCAAAAAGUAUCAGGUGCUCUUGGCUUUUCUUUGAAAACCCUGUAUGUAGUGUUUGCACUGACUAACAAGAUGGUAUUGCUGUUUUUUGUACUGUUUUGUUUUUAAUUUAAUCUAAAUAUUGGGAAUUUAAGGCGGUUCUAUUACCUUUGUUAAAUGUUGUUAAUCAUAAUUUUGUAUUCAGGUUUAAUUUUUGCUUGUUCAGUGGCAACUUAUUUUCAAAGACCUUGAAAAUACAAUAAUAUAGCAUUAUCUGACCUUCAGAGUACUGAAAAGUGUAUGAAUCUAUGCCCUGUUAAGAUGUGACUGAGAAUCAUGUUAGACAUGUCAACUGAAAAUUGGUUUUCAUAAAUAAUCAUGAACUAGAGCCCUGGGCAUAUUUUUUUGAGAAGCUUAAAAAUCCACUUUUUUUUUAUUUUUAAAGAAGGCAGGACUCUCCCUCCUGAUGAUUACUAUCUUCUUGUUUGUCCUCUUACUUUUCUUUGUGACAAGUUUUACAUAUUUUUUUUUUAUGUUUUUAUUAACUUCUGUGAAGUUGUUUACUCUGAAAAUUGUACUGGAAUAUUUUAAGCCAAGCUGAUCUUUCACCAGGUGUACUGCAUGUAAGGGCUUUUCCUGCUAGCAAAAUGCUUAAAGAGGAUCAUGUUACUGGUCGUCUGAGUUGUUAUUUUACAAAAUCACAGCUAUGUGGUCGGGUAAGAUUUUGAUAACUGUUUUGUGCACGCUUCUGGGGGGUGGGGGUUGGCAUUUCCCUGAGGGUUACUGAUUAGACUAAGUAAAUAUUGGUGUUUGAUAUCUCUCCUAACAAAACCUGUCCAUGAAAUAAUUAUGUUGUAAAUAUACCUGAAAAAAAUCCAAGGGUUAGUUUUGAUAUUCUGGUGUCAGUAUGGAAGAUCUUACACAUCUAUUUAAUACUCAACUGUAAAGGAAUGUAUGUAGAAACCUGGUCCCUGUAGUCUUCUGGUAGUUCCCUGUGGCUGUAGCUGUACCUCCCCAUGGCCAGUGCCGCCUCCUCGCUGGGGUUAGACCCACGCUUUGCUUCACUCGUAACUCGAAGUGAAUGGAUUCAAGAACCAGACCACCUUUGUCACCUUAACUUAUUUCCUAUCGGUGUUAACUUUAACUUAGAAUGUUAGACAUAAAUAUGAUUGUUGUAUAUUUUAUACCAAGACCAUUCUGUAAAUAUGAAUUUAUAUUACUUUUGAAAUGCUUCUGAGAUACUAUUAUUUGCUGUACAAUGUAAUUCCAAAACAGAUAUGCAAACAAGUAUGUCUCUUUCAUGGAUAUUUAAACAGUGAGAUCUUCCAUGUUGAAGGUGAUGUAAUUUUUUUAAAAGAUUUUUAAAUUUUAAAUUGCUAUUUUGUUACAAAAAUAGAGAAAAUAUAAAGGUUCGAGAAGUCCUUAUUUGCCCUCAGGGAAAGAGCCCUCUGUGCACCAGAACUCCACAGAACAUCUUCAGCAUGAUCUGAGGGUGAAUAUAUACUACAUAAAUUGAUUGUGUAUUUACCUUAACUUUUUAAUUUUAAUAUUGCGAUUUUAAAAACUUGGUUGUGCUCUGCUGGAGGGGGAUUGGGAUAAGCUGCUUACACACAUUUGCCUGUUCGUCCAGUGAAAUUACAUAAACCCAACAUAUUCCUGCCAACCCCGUUGGCGUAUUUAAGAACAACAGUAUCUAUAGACUCUUCUCUGCAGCAGGAGGUCCCGGGAUAGAGCAGUUCUCUAGGAUGACCAUACACUUCACAUGGAAAGUUGGUUCUUAACUAGAGGCUAGGGUUUUUUUUUUUUUAGUUGAAUUUUUAAUAUAUAGAAUGACAGGCAGAAGACCCGUUGGGGGGUUUUAACAGCAUGCCAGCUUUGUCUUAAUGGUUUUAACACUGACUGUGUGGGUUUUGCCAUGAAACUAUGCCCUCCAGUGCCCUGACAGGAGAAGCUGCGGGUGGGAACCUAGUUCUGGCUUCCUCCUUUGGUGAAGUUUCAGCCCUUGACCCUCUCCAAACAAGUAUGUAUUCAUUUGUCUAGUUGCUAAUCAGGUGCCUUUGGGCUAUGGAAGGGCUUAUUUUCUGACAAUGAGAUAGAGUGACUAAUCUUUGUGUGUUAGUAGCAGUUAGGUUUUGGCCUAACUUACCUGUGCUGUCAGAAAAAAGGCCCAUAGCAGAUUGGAGAAAGAGAUCGGCUCUCUUGCUUUGCUUGGACAAGCAUUUUGGGUUGUUUUGGUUUGGUGUUUUUGGGUUUUUUUGGUUUUGUUUUGUUUGUUUUUUUUUUUUUGUCCCCCCCCCCCAGGGGUACAGCAGGGAUUUCACAUGCAAGAGAUACAGGAAUUAUUAGUAUCUAAGUUAAUUGUGUUGCCUCACUACCUGGAUUCAUUCCUUGGUUUGCCUCAUUUCCCAGAUAGGUCUUAAUAGAGACUAAUGCUUGUGCUGGGAGAGUGCUUGGGUGAGAAAGGAAUUAUCUGUACAUUCUUGACAUAUACUGCUAGCAGAGUGAUUGCCCUGCUACUGAUACUUUGUUCCUGUAAACAGGUGACAAGAAAUGAAUCUUAGUGUUUAUGCAGAUUUUGCAUUGUAGAAUGUAUACUAGACCCUUCAAAGGAAAGGUUAGGCUCUUUGCAAAGCAAACUGGCGCUGGUUCUUGGUAGUCUAGUACAGGGACACUAAAGUUUGACUUGAUUUAGAAAAAAAAAAAAGUUGUACACGGCUGAUUAAAUUAAAUAAGCUCUUAAUUGCUCUUUGUAGAAGUCUAAUUUGGAAGGUUUUUAGUGCUUUGAUAACACAAUUGAAAUUUUAAUUUAUCCUGUACUCAAGAGCUGAAUGCUGUUCUUGUAUCAUAGUGUGCUAGGCUGGAUGAGGUACAAAAUAAUGCACAGUGGUCAGAAACAGCUGAGGAAAGAACGCUUAAAAUAACCUGAUCUAAACUCAGAAUAGUUCCAAACAUUGUUUUUGUUUGCUUUUUUAAAGCACAAGUUGUCAAGUUGUACCUGUUGCUGUACAUAAACACUGUAUACCAGCAGCUCCUUGAUCAUAUUUGUGAACAGACUUUUCAUUAUUAUUAGAAUGUUACUGAAGGAAGAUGUUGAAUUUGAGAGUGUAACAAAAUGAGAAAUGAUCAGAUUAUCUAUAGUAUGUAAAAGUCCAUUCUUUAUGUUGUAGUUUAAUCCCUUUGCUAGGAAAUUCCCUCUCAUUGAGGGACCUCUUCUGCAAGCAGAACACAAUAAAUGUGCUUUUUUUUAAAUGACCCAUUUUCCAGUAUAAAUGAAGAGCUGACUUUGGCAGUAGUCAUGGCCGUGUAUCUCUUUGCUGGCGAGGGAGCACGACAAGGGAAAAAAACAAAACAACUGUCAGUGAUGAAACAAAUCUGAAUAAUCGAAAUGACCAAUAACCAAAUGUAAUGCUACACCCCGUUAUUUUAGAAGGACUCUUGUGGAAGCUCUUAAUCACUCAAGAUUUUGCUGUAAAAGCUGAAAUAAAACAGAGCCUGGCUGUAAUAAUACUGCCGAAAGCCAAGGUCAUUUGCACAUAGCCCAUCGAUUUAUCCAGAGUAGAUCUCAGUUAAUCCAAGGCAUGGAAAUGCAUGCAUUUUCUUAGCUGGGCAAACAAGUACAUUUUACGGUAGUUGUGAUACAACACACGUGGCUUUUGUUUGUACUGCACAUACCCACUGUACAGCCACUCAGAAGUAUCGUGGUUAGCUUGCAGCAUCUGCUGUCCGCAUUUAUACUGUUUACUGCGUAUUCUUUUCCCUGGAAGUUUUAAAGAAAAAAAAUUUUUUUUGUUGUGGUUUUUUUUUUCUUGUUGCAUUGAUUACAUUUUUAUAAAUUUGCUUAGCUGGAAAGUUUGGGAAAAGAGGCCUGUUUGUCAAUUGUACAACCGAUUGUGAAGCUCUAGUGUGAAUAUUUUUACGUCUGUAUUAGACAUUUUCUUUGCAAAUCUAUUGUUCGAUUGAAAUGUAAAUGAAAUAAAAGAUGGUGUACACCCAUCAUGUAUAAAGCAGGCACCAUCGCUACGAUGGAUUUAAUGCUCAUUUUUAUGGCGCAUUCUCAGCUUCUAUUUAAAACUAUAAUUUAAAAAAAAAUAAAAUAAAAAAAAAAUCUGUAAAAUGAAAUGGGGAUAUAUUUGGGGGGGCGGGGGGGAAGUUUAAAUUCUAUUCCGUUUAUCUGGGUUUGGAGUCCCGACGGUCUGUUUCCCGUGGUGGUAGAGGUAGGGCCCGGCCGCCUCAGGAGCUGUGGGGCUGCGGCUGGUCACGGAUAGAGCAUCCUGGUUUUCGGUGUUUGAGAGACUUUGAUGGAAGAAGUUUGCAGUAUUGACAUGUAUUUGCAUGCACGAAUAAAAAUUAUUUGUCCACCUUAAAA